AUGGCGCUGUGAAAUAAAGUGAGUCAGCGCCCAGGGGUUCAGAAGGAGAGACGCUGCACUCUGAUUGGAGGAAGUGACCAGGAAGUGGUACAUCAACAAAGAAAGAUGGCUGAAGUGAUAGAGCUCCAGAAACUUAAGCUUGCUGAACUGAGGCAGGAGUGUGAGGCUCGAGGUCUGGACACCAAGGGAAACAAAGGAGAGCUCAUCGCCCGACUGCAGGCGUACCUGGAGGAGCACGGUGAGACGACAGACUUCACACUUAGACAUGAGGAAGAUGUUGAUGUCGACGAUGUGCUGGCAGAGGACACGGAGGAAUUCACUAAGGUCGAUGGUGUCGAUGGUGCAGACGAUUUGAAAAGCGAGAAGGAGCCUACUGAGGAAGAGACAGCUGAAGAUAAGAAGGUGGUGAAAAUCGUUCCUCCAUCAUCUACUGGUGAAAGACUACAGAAGAGAGCUGAACGCUUCAACCUGCCGGCCACAGCUGAAAGCAAAAAGGCUAUCCGUGCAGCAAGGUUCGGUGAAACCACGGAGAAGUCCGCUCCAGCUCCCACCGCAGCAGGCGGUGUUGCGGCCGCUAAAGCUCCUGUGAACGUUGAUCAGCUGAAGAAGAGAGCAGAACGAUUUGGCAUGAACGUCUCCUCCGUUUCACAAAAGAUUGAAGAGGAUGAGAAGCUGAAGAAGAGGAAGGAGCGGUUCGGGGUCACAGCAGCUUCAACAGGUGCAGUUGCUGCAGUCGCUACAGCCGCUUCACCCGCUUCACCUGAAGUAGAGGCAAAGAAAAUGAAGCGCGCGGAAAGAUUUGGGAUUGUGUGAAAACAUUUUAGAGCCUGUGUUUUUUUUGUAAAGCAUUUUCAUUACUGCACAACCGAGAUCCCGAAAGACAACAAAUGUCUCCGAUAGGACUCCUGUCAAUCAAAAGUAUAAUUAGAUGCAAAGAUAAAUGGAUGGGUUAGAUCCUCUAAAACAAACGAGAAAAUAAUCUCAACAAACGUUUAGUUCAAACCGACUGGAGCAACAUUUCAGUCCCGCAACUGAAUUCAAUCACUGCCUUUUCAUUGAUCAGUAUCUUCAGUCAAAUCCUUCCAGCUGCUUAGGGGAAAUCAUUUGAACUCUAAGUCUCAGGAAAUAUGUGCUGUUCAAUCUUAAAUCAUAAUGGUGCACUCAUCCACCAGAAAGGUCCCGAAUCAAAUGAGGAAGAGGAGGCAAAACAAAAAUGCAUUUACUGGGAGAAUCUACAGGAAGCGUGAAGGCCACUUGAUUAAAGUCCUCCUAAAUGGUCAUAACUUAAAACUGAGUCCUGACAAAGCAUCAUAAAGACCAGUGAGGCUCGAACUGAUUGGAUACACAUGAACUCAAUCUGUGUCACAUACUAGAUUAAGCAGGAACUAAAAGCAAACUAGUACGUUAAUAUACUUAUACAUACCACACGUAAAUACAGAACUAUGAUUUUUCUGUCCAAGUGCUUUAACUCACUCAUUUGUCUGUACCUGUGUAUUUAAUUGUACUUUUGAUUUAUCAGACAGCCUAUUGUUUUUUUCUGUGUUUUAUCUUUGGGAUUCCAUUGGUACACUGCUUCAGUUAUCUGUCCAUUUUAUAACAUUUUGUGAUUUAAAAUAAAUUGUUUUCAACUUUUGGA